AUGCGUGAUAGACAGCUCCUUAUCAUCGUAGGGGUUCUUUUUCACUUCUUCUACCUAUGGUCCAUAUUCGAUAUCUACUUCGUGCUGCCAUUGGUUCAUGGUAUGAAAAAUCACAAAUCCACAGAUUCACCUCCAGCGAAGCGUUUAUUCUUGAUUGUGGGAGAUGGACUUCGAGCAGACAAGACUUUUCAAAAGCUUACGCACCCACGGACUGGAGAAUACAAAUACUUGGCUCCUUACCUCAGAAGCCUUGCUCUUGAGCAAGGAACUUGGGGCAUCUCCAAUACCAGAAUGCCUACAGAAUCGCGUCCGGGCCACGUUGCUAUGAUUGCCGGGUUCUACGAAGAUGUCUCUGCUGUUACCAAGGGCUGGAAAGAAAAUCCCGUUGACUUUGACCUGUUUUUCAACCAGUCGACCCAUACCUAUUCGUUUGGUUCUCCCGAUAUCCUUCCCAUGUUUGCAUACGGCGACAACGUGGUUCCAGGAAGAAUUGAUUGUCAUAUGUACGGGCAUGAAUUCGAAGAUUUUACCCAAAGUUCAAUUGAGUUGGACUCGUUCGUAUUCAGACAUUUUGACGAACUCAUGGCAAAUCUGACCACCAAUAGCACAUUGCACGACGAAUUGCACCAAGAAGGUAACGUCUUUUUCCUUCAUUUGUUAGGUCCUGAUACUGCUGGUCAUGCCUAUAGACCAUAUUCCGCCGAAUACUACGACAACAUCGAGUAUAUCGACGGUAUGUUGCAAAAAUUAGUUCCUAAAAUUCAUGAAUUUUUUGGAGACGAGGAAAGCGCUUUCGUUUUUACAGCCGACCAUGGAAUGUCGGAUUUCGGCUCUCAUGGUGAUGGGCAUCCUGACAAUACUCGUACGCCUCUUAUUGCUUGGGGAGCUGGAAUCAAUAAGCCAAAACGAGUCGACGAUCUUUCAGACCCAGCUGCUCAACUUGAAAAACAGCACCCUUCUAACAGUGGUUACGAAGACACUUACUUUGAUACGUGGGAACUUGACCAUCUUGUAAGAAAUGAUGUUAAACAGGCCGAUAUUGCCCCAUUGAUGGCAUACCUCAUUGGAGCUAAUUACCCUGCCAACUCAGUAGGCGAGUUACCUCUUGCAUACCUUGACUCGAAGCCAGUGGAAAAAGCAAAGGCGCUCUAUGCCAACGCAUUGGGUAUCAUCGAGCAGUAUCAUGUCAAAGAAUCUGAGGUCUAUGAACAUCAGCUUGGAUUCAAACCAUAUGCUCCAUUCGAGCAAAAGUCAGUGGACGAAUAUCGCCUUCAAAUCGAGCUCCUCAUCAAUUCAAUCGAAGGGGGAACUACCUCUGAAGUUGAAGCCAACCUUAAAGAGGCGAUAGAACUCUCCGAAGAAUUAAUGAAAAUGGCCUUGGAGGGAUUAAUUUACCUUCAAACUUACAAUUGGCUCAUGUUGCGCUCGAUUGUGACCCUAGGCUUCCUUGGAUGGAUCGUCUAUUCUUUCAUCAUCUUCUUGAAGCUCUUUAUUCUUGACGAGGCAACCAUUACUUCCACCACGGCGUCGCCAAUUCUCAACUUUGUCUUUGGGUCUUUGGCUGCUGGUAUCAAUUACCUUCUCUUUUUCCAAGACUCUCCAUUCAAUUACUACAUGUAUGCUGCGUUUCCGUUGUACUUCUGGUACACGAUUUUGCAUGAGAAAGACAACUUGGUGAAUGGACUCAAUAUCUUGUUGAAUGGAAUCAGUGCGACCACGAGAGUAUUACUUUCUGUUGCUUUUGUGGGCAUGUAUGAAGGAAUUGUGUACGGGUUUUUCAAGAGGAUCAUGUUCUCUAUCUUGUUCAUGUUUGUCGGAUUAUAUCCAUUUGGUUUCAGCGAAAAGCAAGUUAAGAUACAUGAAAAGGUUUUGUGGCUCAUGAGUUGCUCGGCUAUGUGUGUAUUCACUAACUUAGACCCUGUCAAAACAGAAAGUUUGGCACAGAUAAAUUGUGGAGCAGCUGCUGCCUUCUUAACAGGAGUUAGUGGAACUUUAAAGGUUUUGAAGAACAGACCAGCUCCCUUGAUUAAAGCAUUGAUUGUUUGUCAACUUCUUGCUAUAGUCGUGAUAACAUACGCAACCAAUGUGUCCGUUGUGUCGCUUCAAGCCAGAGAUGGUUUACCUUUGAGCUCACAAGUGAUCGGUUGGGUGACUUUUGUCGUUUCGUUGGUGGUGAUUCCUCCCUUGUACGCAUUGUCUCCUUCUAAGGACUAUCAAAUUAGACUUUUGACAAUCUUUUUGGCAUUCGCUCCAACCUUUAUCAUUUUAACCAUCUCGUUCGAAACCUUGUUCUACGUUGGAUAUUCCUUGGUCCUCUUGCAAUGGUUAAUGAUAGAGCAGAAGGUGUCUCGGAAGAACAACAAAACACAAAAUGGUGCUUUACCAGAAGGAUACUUGGAUCCAAGUGCUCAGGAUCUCUAUUGUGGGAUUCUUCUUUUUACAAUUUGCAUUUUUUGGGCACUGGAAAUAUCGCAUCCAUUUUCAUCAUUUCUCAUUGGAUUCUGGUAUAUCGCUUGA